AUGGCACACAAGGAAGAAAGGAAAACAAGCAUACAUUUGGGACGCAUUCAACAAGGAAAAGAUGAGUCACUAAGAAGCUAUGUGAAGCGCUUCAAUAUUGUGGCUGGAAAGAUCCCAGAUCUUCCCCACGGCGUCUCCUUCCAUAAUUUUAUUAGGGGACUGAAGAAAGGAUCAUUCAAGUUUAACUUAGUUAAGAAGAGCGUUCGGACUAUGGCUGAAGUAUUGGAUGAGGAUGAAGCAUUUAUCCACGCAACAGAAAUAUGCAGCGCGUCCAAAGAUGGAAAGACUGGUGAGGCGACAGAUUCCUCAGGGAAGAAAGACAAGACAGACCGAAAAGCACCACGAGUAAAUGGUACUUGGGCUCUUUCGAAAGAGCAUGAUACCAAUUCUCCUGAACACAAGAGAGAACGUCCACAAGAAAGAGAAUAUUUCGAGUACAACACGGACCUCCUCACAAUACUGUUGGACGCCGGGACCAGGUUUGAUCUUGAACGGCCUUUCCCCAUGAAGUCUCCUGCUGAGAGUCGAGACCCUAAGCUGUAUUGCCAGUUCCACGAGGAUAUAGGGCAUGACACCAAGAACUGCAGAAUCUUGAAGAGAGCCCUAGACGGCCUGGCCUUUAAAGGACACCUAAAGAACUACCUGCAAAGGUGUGCUCACGACUCGGGGAAGAACCAGUACAAAAAGAACAAGUCACCUGUCUCACCUACAAAGGAAAAUCAGAGCGAAGGGGGAUUUGUAUCCUUCAUAUCCGGGGGGCCAGCCGCUGGAGGACCCACCAUGAGAGGACAAAAAGACUAUGCCCGCCGCCUAGGUAAAGUAAUGUUGUCAUGGAAGUCACCUGUGGACCCAUUUCCUCGGAUAGAGAUAUGUGAAUCGGAUGGUGGACGGGUAGUCACUCCACAUGAUGACCCCCUCGUGGUCGAGAUCAAAAUUUCCAACAUGAGACUGAAGCGUAUCCUGAUAGACGCUGGAAGUUCAUCUGACAUAAUGAGCAUGGAGUGCCCCAGCCGCCUAGCCCACGAUCCCAAAACCAUAGAGAGCAUACACUAUCCCAUCAUUGGUUUUGGAGGAAGCAUCAUACAUCCCGUAGGCGUCAUCAACUUGCCGGUUCGAAUUGGAGAUCGAAAAGAUGGACGAAAGAUGGGAGUGGAUUUCCUAAUCAUCAAAGAUUUGACAGCAUACAAUGUCAUUUUGGGACGUCCCACCCUGAACAAAAUUAAAGCAGUAGUCGUCACCCUUCUCAUGCUUCUGAAGUUUGUAUGA